AUGUCUACUAGUAUUCCAGUAUUGAAUAGAAAUCAUUCUUUACCACCGCUCUUACUCCCGGCAUCGAGACCUGUGAGUGGUGUUGGUAGUAGUGCAGAGACAAGACAAGAUCCGUUCAGUACCGGCAGUAAUGGUAAAAGAAGUGGUAGUUUGGAGGGAUUAACCCAGCUCGCUACGAAAAGGGCUAGAAUAGAUGCUACUGGUGGUAGUGAUGAUGGUAGCAAUUCAGUUCCGCUUCCAUUGUUAUUUGCUUCGCCCAUUCCCCUAGUAGGUUCGUCGGCUCCGAAAUCGGGAUCUGUUUCUUCCGUUUCCUCUAUGUCCUCCUUUUCCGAUUCUUCUGCGUCUCCUCAUGUCGGUGUUAUGUUCGGUGAUUACGGUAUACGCGAUGGGGUCCGCAGGAAUAGUGACUAUGCGACUGCGACUGAAAGGAAAAGUAGUAAAUUAACACCACCACCAACCGCACCGUGUAUGACUCGAGAAAGAAAUUCUCCGAGGUCUAGUGCUAGUGGACCAAGUAGCGGUAGUGGUAGUAAUAGUAGCAAGCGUCAAAGAGUGGGACCAAGCUGUGAUGGAUGCCGGCUUAAAAAGAUUAAAUGUGAUGCGCAUGUGGAAAUCGUUUUGCAAGAUCCAAGGGUUGUGUCACAAAUUUCCAAUAAACUUCAUCAGGUGGUCUCUCGAGAUCAGGUAUCUCAAAUGGAUCUAAAAGUGGAUAUUUCGAACAUUCCAAUGGAUUCUGUCUUGGUUAAACAUAUUGAUAAAAUUGUUAUGUUUAAACCAUGUACGUCAUGUAACAAGCGUCGCGCAAGUUUAGAUGGAAGUCAGGGCCCACUGGAUGGGAGAAAUGACAACGUCACUGGUGGCGUAUGUGUUUUCAGUAAGGGAUUCACAAGAGCUGAUAUCAACGUUUUUGUCAAAAUUUGUAAAAAGGUAGGUGGGAAACCUGUACAGGAAAUGACUGUGGAAGAUUAUCAUGAAGCUGGAUUUUAA